GUGGUCGCCAUUUUUGUACAUUGUACAGAAUGCGAAAAGUCAAACAUCCCAGCAAAUGCGUUUUGUGAGAGAAAAUGUGCUAAUAAAGUGAUAUUCCUGUGUAAAAACGACGUUUCGGUGUGUGCCAGCAUGAAGCCGUGCUGCGACAAGAGCAAGGGGAUGGCGGACAGUGCAGUGAAUGUGCAAAAAGCGGAUGAUAAAUAUUGUACGCAUCAGCAUCAGCGAACAAGUGCAGCGGCCACCAGCAGUGGUGACGGGAGAUCAAGCAAUAAUAAUAAUAUAAACGCAAAUAACAAUAGCAGCAGCAGCAGCAACAGGAGCGGCAGCGACUGCCUGGCAAGUUCUGUAAAAACACAGACAUCCGCUUCGUUGGCUGCGAUUAGUAGCAGUCCAUCGAAAUCAAGCGCGAAUUCUACCACCAACGCUACGGCGAACUUUACCACAACAGCAUCAUCAGCACCGUCAUCAUCAACAAGCGCAGUGGCAGUCGCUGCUACUGCUGUCGCUUCGGCGGGAACGGGGAAGAUGGUUGUUGAAAAUGAACAAGCUCCCAAAAAUCACGUAGACCAAACGACAGUGAAAAUGAAUGCUAAAAAUAAUGAAAAAAAUUCGACACCGGUUAAGGACGCCCAGCAGAGCAGUGCAAUUCGGAGUGCCGAUAAUGGAUUGACUAAGAGUCAUAAAAAGAAAAAGAGUAAAGAUAAGGAUCGUGAACGUGAUCGAGAUCGAGAACGAGAUCGGGAUCGUGAUCGUGACAGAGAUCCGGACAGAGAUCGUGAUCGUAAUAGAGACCGCGACAAGGAACGAGAACGAGAACGAGAGCGCGAUAAAGAUCGUAAACGGCGUCGUUCGGAAGACGAUUCUUCCGGUCUCGGAACUUGCAAGCGUGGAACUAAGGAUGCGAACAGUGCCACCAUUUCCAAUACAGCAUUACGCACAGCAGGAACGGUUGUCGGACCCACCGAUAACCAUGCGUCGUCCGAACCAGCGGUUUCUUCGUCUGCUAUUGCCGGAACAGCAUUGCUACAAAAUAAAGAAAACCAUCAUCAACAGCAGCUGGCCGGGUUUGCGGCAGCACACCAAACGUUUAAGCGGGAACUGGUCAUCGAGACGGCUAGCUCGAUUGCAGCCGUGCCGAAUGCGGCCUCUGCGACCGCUUUGCUCUUGGAGCAUAGUGCUGCCACAAUCGUGUCACCUGUUGCAGCGGCUGCUGCUGCCGCCGCUUCCAUUUCAGGCACGCCGAUAUCGCCGGUCAAUUUAUUGUUAAACUUAGAACGCAGCAAGAACGAGCUAGCGAGUGUUAAAAAGCAGGACGUUUUUAUCAAGAAAGUGUACCUGCCGGCCAAGAACAAAUUGCCGAAACCAGAAAAAACUCGCGAAGAUGUUACGCGUACGCUAAAUUUUGGCAAUGAGAACGGGACAGAUGGGGUGGACACAAGCGCGUCAAUGAUAUCGCCGGUGGCUGCGACCGAACCAGUGACGGCCUUACCUACGUUGAUUGGUAACGGUGGUACUAGCAUUGGGUCGCCUGGCCAUGCCGUUAGUAAUAACACGAGUAGCCUCAUAUGCGUUGCAAACAGCAUUGCAACCAACCUCAGCAACAACAGUACAACUGCAUCCAGCAACUUAAUAGCAACUAGCAAUAAGUCAAAUUCAAACAUAUUAAUCAAGCUCGAGUCACCGAAAAACGUGGAAGAAAAGGUAGACAUUAAGAAGGAACCGAUGAACCCUAAUCACCAAACCGAACCUGUGGCGCACGCGAUGGACAGUACAACGGUCAACGGAACGUUGGUGAACCAGGCAGACCAGAAAUUGUUGAAUGGCAUCGGUGAUAUUGUGACUCAUUAUGAAAAUCCGGUAUCAAUUAAAAAGGAACCACCAGAGUGUGUACAUUCUACCACAGAAACACCCGUUAAAACCACUAUCCACACAGCAUCAACGGAAACCACCAAGUCGGACACCCCUCAUGCUGGACCUGGUGGAAGUGUGCACAAGGUCGGCAAUACUGCUUCGGUACACAAGAGUGCCAGCGGUCGCGAGUGCUCACGGUGCUAUAAAAGAUCGAAAAUUAAGCGCGCCAAUAUUGGCAUCCAGUGUCGCAGAGGCACGGCGUCCGUCACAAUAUCAUCCCAAUCGCGGGAUGGUGGAACAUCGUUGAAUGAAUCCAGCAGCGCUCGCAUCGGGUCAAUUAAUCGCAACUCAAACUGUACACUUCGUUCGAGGCAACUGGAAGGUUUAAAGUAUGGUCGGUUCAUGCGUAUCGAGGUACAUCCCAACGGGGGUGCAUCGGUAGUACACAUGUAUCAGGACGAAAUUAGCGUCCUAUCCGAGACAGAGAUGGAGGAGCUGGUACAGGAAUUCUUUCAAGUGGUUUUCGCCGAAGACGAGGACGGUUAUGCCGACCAUGUGAUGGGCAUUGUGCAUGAUGCGGCAGCCUAUCUGCCCGAUCUGCUGGAACAUAUGGCCGAAAAUUAUGCCAACCUUACGGUGAAGGCAGGUGUGCUGGGCCGUAACUCGGACAUUGAAACGUGCACAAUGAGUCAGUACAACGAACAGGUGGUAAAGAACUACUCCCAUGGCACAGUACGCUAUGGACCAUUGCAUCAGAUCAGUCUGGUUGGCAAAGUGCACGAGGAAGUCGGUGGAUAUUUCCCCGAUUUGCUUAAGCGUUUGGAAGAUAAUCCUUUCUUAAGCAAGGCAAUGCCUUGGGGAGAACUUUCGAUCGUGCAGAUGGAUCCACGCUUAUCGAACGAUGGACCAAUCUUGUGGAUACGACCAGGUGAACAGCUCGUCCCCACGGCUGAAAUUAACAAAACUCCAUUAAAACGACAAAGGACACGUAUAAACGAGCUGCGUAAUCUACAAUAUCUGCCGAGGCUCUCGGAAGCACGUGAAACAAUGAUCGAAGAUCGCACCAAAGCGCAUGCAGAUCAUGUCGGACAUGGGCAUGACCGUAUGACGACUGCUGCAGUUGGAGUAUUGAAGGCAGUGCGCUGUGGCAUACCGGACGAUCUGAAUCGCAUCACGAAGGACGUCGUUGCUUUCGAUGCGCACUGCUUCCCGCAUCUGGUCGAAAAGCUGCAGCUCGAUCUGCACGAGCCGCCCAUAUCGCAGUGCGUUCAGUGGGUCGAAGACGCCAAGCUGAAUCAGCUGCGCCGGGAAGGUAUCCGAUACUCGAGGAUCUCACUCUACGAUAACGAUAUCUACUUCCUUCCGCGCAACAUAAUUCACCAGUUCCGCACGGUGACGGCCGUGACGAGUAUCGCUUGGCAUUUGCGCUUGAAACAGUACUAUCCAGACCAGGAUGUAGUGCAGGAGAUCGCCAAUGGGUACGAGGUCGAUCCGCCGCACUAUAAAGAAAAGCAAACGAUUCUACCUCAUCCGGUGUCGGUGGAUGAGAGAAAGCAUACGCCCGUUAAGCGGACGCACGAUGGGAAACCAAAGAAAGUGGAACUGAAGAAAGAACCUUUCACUACAGUUCCUCAUCCACCCUUGCCGGCAGGUGCAUCGCCGCACUCUAUCGAAAAGGCAUCCAAAGCGGAAGACAGUGCUGACAGUUGUUCGCUGAAGGAAGCUAAAAUCGACAUGCGGAAGUUGAUACGCGACGAUAAGGUAGCGGCAACUAAAUCCCUUCGAACGCCUUGCAAAUCGGGACGGAGUUCGGUAGUUUCGAGCAAGGGUUCAGAGAAAAAAGCGAGCAACAACAAAAGCGGUGAUGGCAACAGCCGUACCAGUUCUCCCUCAUCGUCGUCGACACAUAAGAGCAAAAGCGUCGAGGAUGGUGGUGGUUCGGCAAUCAGCAAGACUGGUGGCAAACAUUCAUCCAGCAGCGAACGCAAUCGAGACAGAGAUCGUGACCGCAAUCGUGAUCGGGACCGUGAAAGGGAUCGUGACCGUGAACGGGAUAGAAGGGAUCAGGAGAAGAAGGACCAACGGAGUAGAGCCAAGGAUCGGGAUCGUGAUCAUGAUCGUGAUCGUGAAAGGGACCGUGGUCGAGACCGGGACAGAGAGCAGCAGGAUCGCGAGAAAGAUCGAGGACAUCACAAGCAUCACUGUAAUUCGUCUUCGUCGUCUAGCCGCAAAUCAUCGACCUCGUCUUCGUCGCACAAAUCUCGUCACAUUAAGUCGGCGGGCACUAGGGCAUCGGAUGGAAAUAAUACGAGCAGUAAAUCUUCUUCUCAUUCAGCACCAUCCUCGCACAGCAGCAGUGCCAGUAGUAGUCGCCGGGAGUCCACCUCAAGCGUGACACGCGAAAAGGAGCAACUACUGUCCGGUCCGGUACAAAUGGUGCCACCGAUCGUAACAGAAGUAGAGAUCGACUCAACUGCUGCAACGCCUGUCAGUAAAGCGGCCGAUCUGAAUCCGGAUGAUUCGCUUAACAAAGCCGCCAUCGCCGCCACUUCCAAAGAAAACUGCGCAAACGAAAAGAUGGCUCUUGGGAAGGAUGGAACGAGACAGGAUGACGGUUGUUUGCAAAACGUUGCGACUGUGAUAGCUUCAAGCGAGGCAAAAAGUGUAACGAUGCCAUCUCCGAAACACCCUAACACGGUCACGCAAACGUACGACGAAUAUGUUGCUCCAACAGCAGUCAAGUACGGAAAGAUAGAAAAGGAAAAGCAAACAAAUGGUGAUAGUAUCGCUCCAGAUGUGUCGCCUGCAUUGAAGCGGAUAGUGUCGGAGAAUACUGCGAAUGUACCGGUUGGUCCGGUGCAUCCGCUUCCGCAAGUUCAGCCACCACUACCCAUCUCAUCGCCUCCUUUAGUCCCACCACCACCGCCUCCACAAGACCACCGUGAAACACCAACGUCUGCUUGGGAGCAAAUUGAUGCUCCGUCCUCUUCAGUUGGUGCGAGAAAAAGUAUUCAACAGACGACCAACGACGCUAGCCAUCAGAGCAAUAGCAGCAGCAUCAGUAGUAAACGCCAUACUUCUACUAGCACCAGUAGUAGCAAUAGUGGUAGUAGUUGUAGUAGUAGUUGUAGUAGCAGCACUAGCUGUAGUAAUACCAAUAGAGAUAGCACUAGUGAUAGUACCAAAACUGGCAAUAGCUGUAUCACCGAGCGCAAUGUCGAUGCUACUGUCCACAGCAAGAAGCAAUCCAAUGAUUUACUGAGCACGAUAAUGGCUAGCAUGGAAGGAUCGACGAAUCGAAGUGCUUCAAACUUUUAAUCAACUG